AAAACGGAAAAACUUAGGUGGCGCGAAUUUCCAGAAUGUUAUUACUGAAAACAAAUAUGGAGAGGUACUCUUCAGUGGACUCUAAAGCAUUGAUUCCAAAUGUGAUGCAUAACUCUGUGAAUUUUUCAGACAUUCAAGCUGUCGUCGAUGGUUGGAUGAUAGAUUUUUUCUUCAUUUCUGCCUGCCGUUUCUUCAAAGAAGACACGGCCGAAGAGUUCAACAAGUCGAUGCGGUCUUUAGAAGUGAUAGUACAGGGAAGAGAAAAUCUCAAGUUGGUCCAGGUGAAGAAGGUGCAGCUGUGUGGCUUCCUGUCACGCGUUAUAAAUGGGAAACGCCUGGACGUACAAUUUGAGAAUGAUAAGCAGAUAACGCCACUGAUGUCUGCUUUGUCAAUAUGGAAAUCCUUCAGUGAUUCUGUGGCUGAUAAGGCUCUCUAUGGAACCAUACAGUCGAUGCUCUUCAUCCAGUCUGCAGGAGUGUGUCUGGAGCAGGGCUACUACGACAGGGCCUUGGCGGUCCUGGAGCGGAUGGUGGAGGACUAUCAGAUGCCAGAGGAACUGAAAAUGAAACUCUGUGCGAUUGUGAAAAGGAAGGACACGUACCACCAGUGCCUCGUGCAGUUCAGUUUCGCCCGCCUGGUGGAAAGCGUCAAGUAUUUCCUGGAAUUUGUCCUGCAAGUUCACCCGUCCGACUUCCUGCUGAAGACCGCCUCUAAAGUGGUGUGGGCAUGUCAGGGGGCUGAAGUGGAGGAGUACACAGAAGAUAAGAAUGCAUUAAGACUGGCAGCCCAGUGUGGAGAAGACUCUGGAAAGUAUGCAGUCGGAGAGGGCCGGACCGAGACAUCGGUUAAUACUGCUGAUGAAGACCAGAACCACGGAGCUUCCGAAAGUUCUGCAGUAGCCAGGAGGCAGCCUUUCGGGCACAAAAGACGACUGCUGCCAAAGCACGCUAGCCCCUGGAGACCCGAACCUGGCAGAAAGCUCUACGGUGGCAUUAAGAGGCGUCCUCGCAGCAGUGAUGACUUAACUAGCAGGUUUUUCAAUCUACGGAAUAAAGAUCGGAACGUGCUUGAAAGUACUGAAAAUGAAGGCAGCAGAAGGAAAAAGGUGAAGUGGACCUACGAAGAGGACCGCAACCUGAAAGCUGGAGUGAGUCGUCACGGCGAGGGGAGCUGGUCCAAAAUCCUGCUGGAGUUUGACUUCUCGGACCGCACCGGCGUCAUGCUGAAGGACCGCUGGAGGACCCUGAAGAAACAGGGGGAGGUCGGCUCGUAGGGACGACCGCGGCGUGCGGCGACCUUCCCACAACGCAUUUCACCUCAGCGCGCGGUGACGCUGGCCGCUUUCUUAGGCCUGUUGGUUUUCGUGUAUACAGUUGACCUGUAUAGGUGUGGAAGCAUACGGCAGCCAGAACUACGGAACGUGAAAUUAUUUUGAUUAGCGUUUUCAUUUCUUUAAGCGUGCGUCAUUCUGCACGCACAAAUCAGAAAAUGUUUAUUUUUUCCUGGUUAAAAAAUUUGUUUAGGGGUUUUGCUCGAGUAUGCUUCCGUUAGUAAUUGUUCAGUUAAGGGCUGUGGCUCCUGUGUGACAGGACUACGCUGUAGGCUCCGCUGCACUACAUUUCCCUGCAGCACACCGUUAUCUCCAUUUUCCACCUGAACACUUCUUCCUUAUAACAGAUGUCGUGUGAGCCACAGGCACUGUGUAUGGCAUGUACGCCAAAGGUCACAUGUUCUGCCUGGGUGGGGCGAGUCUGCCUGUGGCUUCACGCUUCCAUAUGGGCCUCCAGGAAUAUGCUGUCGUAGACCAGAGAAGAACAUGCAUUGGCUACUACAGGAAGAAAGGGACAGCACAGUAUUUGAUUUAUUUA